AUGGGCAGAGGGCUAACUGCCACUGACAACCGCGGCAGACCACGGAUGCCGUUCGUCCGACAGCCGUCACUGGGAAGGGGAAACGCGUUCCAUCAAAGAAUACCAGGAUAUGUGACAGGUGCUGAUGAAGAUGCUCCACCUCUGCCUCGCUCUUGGAGCAACAGUAAUGGAGGACCUUCCACUAACAGAACUGUUAGUGAACAAUCUGAAUGGACACCAAAUAAAACUUUCCGAAGCAAGCGGCCAACUAAUAACACGAAUUGGAGGUCACCACAGACCCGUGAGGAAGGCGAGGAAUGGCGUUUAUCAGAUCCUGGCAGGCCUCGCACCAAUCAACAAGAUAAGUGGGAGCGAGAUUGGGGUGACAGGCCUAAUCAGGACAAGCCACCAUUAUGGAACCAUAACCGGCGGACGUGGGGCGGGGACACACAAAACGAGGAAAUUUUACCAGAAUGGGCAAUGGACAACGCAGAGGCAUGCGCAGGCACGUUCGAUGCGUCGGGGGCUUUCCAUGGCUAUAGUAACGAUGACACCAACUUGCCGAGGAACCAGGAAGCUUCGUAUUCUCUAACGAGAUCACACACUCACGGCAGUUUUGCUAGGUUAAAAUCUGUAGAAGACGGUUCUGAGGAAUGGUGGGCUUCGGCAAAAGCAAAAAAACUGUCCCCGAAAAAGUUUGAUGCCAGCGAAAUCAAAUUCAAAAAGCAAGUAAGUGUUACAGCCACAGAAGAUAGUGGCAACACCAGUUCAAGCUCAAAACAAAGCAGCACUAGUAAAGAAGAAAGUAACAUGGCUCAAGAUGCGCAGGAUAACCAAGUGACCUCCCCAGAUUCGUCUGAUAGUGGCCAGACCGAAAAUAAUUAUACUAAAAGUAAUGCCUACAGGCCCAAGUUUUCAGAAAACAAAACUUUUGAUGCACUAAUGAGAUCAGAUAUAAACAUGGACGAAGCGAGUGACGAGAGGGGGAACUUCCAGUCAGUGACUAUCAAACCUAAUAAUAGUUUGCGUCAGAAACAUCAAAAUAUUGUGGCAUCAGUAGCAGAUAACCCAACUCAGCAAGUUCGGAAAGCGGGUAUACUCCCAGGAAUGCAAGACGUAACAGCCGGUCAAAUGCCUGAUAAGGAACACUCAAAAUUUGCCGGAAAAUCGCCCGAGGAUGCUCUUGUUGAUGAUAUUUUUGAAAUUACAUUGGACGAUAAAGAUCUUCUUACUAAACUGAAUGUAUUGAAUACGGGAAUGUCAGGCAAGGUUUCUAUGGGCAACUCGGCGACUCCAGUGUCUAACCCCGCUAUGCAAAACCGAGCCGUAAGUCCCAGCCCUCAAAACCAAGGCAGUGUGUUGCAUAAACCUAACCUAUCUAUGGCAGGAAUGCCCGGGAUGCAUUCAAAUACAAUGCACUCAUUAGGAAUGCAGAGUUCUGCAACUAAAGCACCAGGCUUGCAGUCUCCGGGAAUGCACCCACACGGGCUGAUGACUUCCACCGUGCACCCUGGAAUCCAGUCCCACAGUUUACCAUCUCCUGGUGCGCAGCCAUCUGGAAUACCGUCGCCGUCCAUACAAAACUCAGGUUUACAAACACUAGGACUGCAGACUUCUGGGCAAAAGAAUGCGGGCAUGCAGUCACCGGGAAUGCAGAAUUCCACCUUACAGACACUUGGAUUGCAAACGUCAGGCCCGAAGAACCCUGGAAUGCCUUCGCCUGGAAUGCAGACUCAAGGACUUCAGACACCCGGUAUGCCAUCACACGCAAUGCAAUUGCCUGGCAUGCAAGCUCCAGGCAUGCAGGGUAUUAGUAUGCAGUCAUUAGGAAUGCAGUCAACUUUGCAGCCUGGUGGUCUACAGAACACGGGCAAUCAAACAUCUUCAAUGCAUAACAUAGGAAUUUCAAAUACAGCACUUAAUUCUGCAAUGAGACUACAGGGUCCCAGACUGUUAGAGCAAGGGCCAGCAAAUAAUUCUAUGGGUAUCCCUCAUCAACGUAUGUCACCACCGCCCUUACUUCUUAACCCUACCAUGGCCAACUCUGCCAUGAGUGCUACCGGUAUGCACCAAGGUUCUACAGGGUUGGCAAGGUUUCAAAAUUCGUCUGCUAUUCAAGGGAUGCCGAAUACUAGUAGUUCUCUCUUUGGACUUGGACAAAAUCCUAAUAAUGCCCAGAUGCCACCAUCUUCUGAUAUACAAAUGCCAAACCACGCGCAAAAUAACAUGUUCCCUAUUCAUGGACUAGCACAUUCAGGGUCUCAGGCGCCAUUUAAUUCUUUAUAUGGCAAUAUGAAUAUGAUGCGGCAGUCACCUCCACACAAUACACCGAAUUCCCAGAGUUUAGCUGAUCAUUGGUAUUAUGAAGAUCCUAAGAAAACUGUACAAGGUCCUUUUUCUUCCAAAGACAUGUACAACUGGUACAGAGCAGGAUUCUUUACCCCUAGUUUGAUGGUGAGACGCGCAUGUGACACCCAUAUGCGUCCCUUAGGUUCUUAUGGGUCUGUGGUGCCUUUUGGCCCGGUGGAUAUGGCUUCUUUCUCAAUGAGCAGUGGCUUCGGAAUGCGCAACCAGGGCCCACACGAUUCUAUGAUGAACUCUCAGCCCGCUCUAGGAUUAGAUGUUAUAUCAAACGUGAAUGUGGGAGAUAACUCGAUGGAUAAUCUUCAAUUUGGCACUGUCAGUCUAGUUAGGAACCAACCUUUUGGCCAACAGCAAAUGGUGGAUUCAUUGUGGGGGCAAACCUCGUCGUCUCCGGAUCUCAUGUGGAUGCAACAGACAAUGAAUGCUCGAAGCGACAUGCGAGUUAAUCUGCCUAUGUUUUUUUGGGACCAGCAGACUUCGGUAACGUCUAAUUCCAUGCUACCCGAGGAAAUUGUAAAAGAAAUGAAAACGGAAGACCAAAUUUUAGCCCAGUUAAGAGCAUCUCAAAGCGCGGGCAAUGCAAUGCCCAACAUGCCGUACUUGAGCGAACAAAGCAACGCUCCCGUAGCGACUCCAGCCAAGCCGGAAGACGAUCCCGCAGUGAUGAGCGCGACGCCUAAUCUGGAGGAGUUGCACAAAUUAAUGCAAAAAGAUACAUUAAUGGCUAAGACGGAUAUCCCAGAAAAGAAACCGGAUAUCAAAGAAGAAGUCCAGAAUAAAUCCGACAAAUCAAAUAAAUUGGAGCACUCACUGGAAUCUGUAAAAACUAACGAAAGUAUGCAGAGUAAACAACCGGAGUCCAAGCAGACGAAGCCAAACAAAGCUGAAAUUGAAAAAGUUACCAAAAACAAAGAGAAUAAAACAAAGGCCAAGAAAGUUAAGGAAGAAAAGAAGGACGAAGGGGCUGAAACCGCUAAGGAAGAAGAUUCAAAUAAAGUGGAGAGGAAGUCUGAAGACUCGUCACCUUCAAAGAGCAAAAAGGAAGAUAAAGUCAACAAAAAAGAGCUCGAAAAAGAGAAAAAGGAAUGGAUCAAGGAAGGUUUCACCAUUGUGAAAGGUCCCGAAAAAGCCCCUAAAGACAAGAAGAAAGCUGAAGACAUCAAAUUAAUCGAAGAGGCCGAGCGAAAGAGGAAAGAAGAGGAAAAGCUUGCAGCUGAAGAAGAAAAGAAGAAAAAACAGGCAGAGGCACUUAAGAAACAACAGGAACAGAAGCAGCAGCAACGAGAGGCAACCGAGACUAUUAUAAAGAAGGCUCCGUGGUCAGCGGCUGCGAAUCUAGCCCAACAGGCGACGACUAAGGAUGGGCUGAGCCUAGCGGAGAUCCAGCGGCUCGAGCGGGAAAAGAAGCUGGAGCAGAUGAAGGAACAACAGCAGGUGAUGCAAGCCAUCGCGCAGCAGCAGGCCGCAGCACUCGCGCGGGAACAGGAAAUGCAAGCUAAUUUGGGUUGGGCGAAAAAGAAACCUAAUCCGGUCGGAGCGGGAUUGUCUCUGGCCGAAAUACAGGCGGAAGCUCGCAAGCAAUCAGCAGCGGCGGCCGCGGCGGCGGAGUCUGCGGCGCAGGCGGCUGCGCAAGUGCUGGAAGACGCAGCUGGCCCGGCGCAAACCAACCACGUGCCAUGGGGCAACAGCACCCACAACGGAGGCGGCUUCUGGGACUCGCCUGCCACGGCUCAACCUCCAAAACCAAUCGAAAAGCCUCAAGAGCCGCAACGGGUCGUGGAACAAAACGUCAAAAAUAAGAAAAAGAGUACUCUUAACAUACCUUCGAAAAAAGAAACCUCUCCCGGCGCCGAGUUCGACGCAUGGUGUAACACCGUGCUUGUUUCUUGGAGCGCCAAAAUCGAUGUGCCUACGUUCGUUGGUUUCCUUAAGGACAUUGAAUCGCCGUAUGAAGUAAAAGAUUAUGUAAAAUGCUACCUGGGCGAAACCAAAGACUCCAGCGACUUCGCCCGCCAGUUUCUUGAAAAGAGGUCCAAGUUGCUCCGCGUCGGCAUGGUGACGCCGUCCGACGACCUGUGCUCGCCCGCCGUCGCCGUCAACCCGCGCACUCCGUCUGCCUCCGACUAUCAGGAAGUAAAGGGUAAAGGCAAAAAGACAAAGAAGAAUAAAAUGCUUAAAGUAGACGCUCGCAUACUGGGCUUCUCAGUGACUGCAGCCGAGGACCGGAUCAAUGUCGGCGACAUUGACACGGUGUGAGCGAUGCAGGUUACGUACUAAGUGUUCAAUAUAACUCGCCUUGUGAUAAACCCGCCGGUUAUUGUGUAAAACACGCGUGAGCUCGCGAUAUUACGAUAACAAUCUAAUUUAAUACAAGUCGUCGAACAACAUUUGACAAAUCAUUUGUCGCUGCUUGUUCGUAUAGUUCAAGAGUUACUAAUAUGAUAUGUUAUGACUUGUGCUCCAUGCCAGAAACCUGAUAUUUCAAUUAAUCAUUGUAGGCUAGUAAGACAAACAGGGAGCGACAUGUCAGGAAGAAAUCAUAUUUAACAGUAGCGGCGCAAGUCCAGUUCUGACAAAAUGUGUUUGUUGGUAACUUAAGAAGGAAGUCAAGUUUGCCAUUAAUCACUAAACGACUUGUUAAGACACUUUAAAAUUUAAUUAAUAUAUUUUUGCCUAUGUAAGUUUACAUGCUUGACGCCCACCACAAGGGAGUAUAUGCAAUACAAAUGUGCACUGAGUUGCUAUUUUGUGGGAAUAAUCCUGAUGCGCUUAACUUUAAAAUAUUGUUUUACAACUGCUUUCGUGACUGCUUCGUGUUACACUUUAAUUAAUUGGUCUGUGAUUUUAACGUCAAUUUUAAACUGAGACGAUAGGAAUAAUCAAAUAAUAAAAAAUACUGGCGUCUCAUAAUUUUUUUUUUCCAUUAUGGGUUGGGGUUGGCCGGAGCAUUUUACAGAUUGCGCCAGCAUAGAUUUUUCUGUCUAUUCCUAGAAUUGUGUCUGGAUGACCGAACCCUUUAAGCCAAAUCUCAUAAAACAAAACUAGAUGCAGGGAAAACCUAUGCUGGCACUAUCUAUGCAAAUCUUUGACAGUUGCCAAUCCCAUUAUGUUAUGACAAUGUGUGGCAUAUUUUUAAAAGUUGCAUAAUACUUAUGAAAUCUCAAUCGACUAAUUACUUAAUAACGGGAUUGGUUAAUAAUCAUGAAAAUUAAAAUCGUUUAUUCUGUAACGCUUCCUUCCGCUAUCUGCCUCCUAAAGAAGAUACACUUUCCAGAUAGAUUUUCGUACAUUUCCCGCCUGUCUCUAUUUCUAUUGCACGCGCAUAAUUAUAUUGUUGUCAGGUUCGUACAUUGACAUUGACAACCGGCAGCAUGGGCGGGACAGCAAUAUAAUUAUGCGCGUGCAACGGAGAUAGCAACAGGCGGGUCAAUAUACGAAUAUCUAUCUAAUAAGCGUCUCUGCCUUAAUAGCCAGCCACCUCUCUUACACUUUAAUUGUUGGAUAACCUAUUUCUGGUAGACCCAAAAACUAAGCUACUAUUUUUUAGAUAGCACUAAAUAAUAGAUAAAUAUAGAAACCGCGUAAUCUGCAUAAAUAACAAGAGGAUCCAGCAUUUCUGAGUAAUAAAGAUUACUACCUAAUCAGUAAUGACUAAAGACUGGGUCCCGUGUUUUAGGGAUACGGUUUCACCUACUGGUUAGAGAAUCUCCAAUGUCUUCAAGUAACGACCUUGUUACUCAUUAAAAACGGCGAUGACAAAUUGUGCCUUGAAGUAUGACUAUCCCGGCCAUUCGUUGGGAUUAAUGUAAUUUAAUUUAUAAAGUCUAUAAUAAAUAUUACCAUCCUCAUGUUUAGCCUUAAGCGAUCUGCGUUGAAAAUUGUAGCGUAGAUCGAUUAAAGUAACCACCCGGACAACUUGGGUUAUUCCCGCCUGUUAGUACCCAGUUGUUACCACUGGUAACAGCCGGAUAUCUUUAUCACCUUUUACCACUGGGAACAACAGAAAAAAAACAACCAAUACAAAAUUGUAAUAUUCUCAUAAAGAUACCUAGAUAAAUAUGAAUUGGGAAUGAUUAACAUGGACAAGAGGAUUCGGUUUUAUAAGUUAAAAUUACGGAAUAAAGGCAGGGUCACACAUAAGUGUGCGAUAAAUGCGACAGAAAUACGCCUGUAGCAUACAAACAUAGCAGACACAAGUCCAGCAAAGUAAAUUGAUGUUUAAACUUAUAGGUAGUUGAGCGUUAGCGCUCGCCGUGCAUGCAGAGCUGAGCUCCCCAAAAUUGCUCCCACUUCCCCUACUUUUAAUUUCUAUUUCACAUCAUUCCUUGGAUAUCUGGGGCAUUGCCUGCAACGUCUUGCAACAGAUGAAACUAACGGCUGCACCACGAAGUUGCGUACGCGGGAUAAGUGUGUCCCGAGCUUUAGACAUGAAUAAUUACAAGCCUGAAAUAGAUAAUUUAUGUUUUGUCUUAUUCUUAAAAAUCCUGAAGUCAAAAAGACAGAAUAAGACAAACUAUUCAGAUUGCUAUCUAAUUCAGGAUUGUAGCUCGUUUACUCUCUAAUACGACAAUGCAUAAAAUACUAUGUAUAACGUUAUCGUUUGUCGGGCAUUUAAUAGGUCUUACAAAAUAUACUUCCACUAGUUAUUGCCUAAAAUAUAAUUUACGCGAAACUCGCCGUUUUUAUAGUAGCUUUUGUCGAUGUACACGAUUUAUUUUUAUGAGACAUGCUGCAAGUCUGAACAGGGUUACUCGUGAAACUCGCAUUGAUUGGUGGCCAUUCACAAGAGCGCUUCCUUCUAGAAUGUGUAGUUACGACGAGUAGAGACAUACAAUAAAUUCGAUUCUAUUUAUUUUUCGUUAAUCAAUUAACUUAAUUAUUAUGCUGUAUGUAUUAGAGCCUCUGCAGUCUAAACCACCAAGCGUCCCAAAAGCGGUGGAGUUGCCACUUUAGGUAAUUUCGGCCGACCUAGCACACUGGCUCUCGUUGUGAGAGGAUGCAAUUAAGUGCGCACGAUUCGAGUGAUUCGGUCAGUUGCGCUUGGCCUGCGGACCCUGCGGCUCACGUUAACAAUGUUUGUCGAGCCACGUCACGCCAUAUGUAGUUUUCUUAUAAAUACGGAUCUGCCAGCCUGAAAAUUCUUGAAAAUCGAAAUCUGUCACACUAACCGUCUAACGUAUAAAGUUAAACAUAACAAUGUAUGAAUACAAGUUCCGAUACUUACCUAAUUAAAAAUUCAUAAUAAAUUUCUUGGUCCGUCUAACGCCCUGCUCAUACAUCGAAAAACUGUUGUACGUACUAUCUAAUAGGUAUAGAGCAUGCACAAGAAAAUAGAAAAAAAAGUCCGUCUGAGUACCACUAGAUCGGAAGUAUGGCGCAAUAAACCUACCCACAGCCCCAACCGAAUGUUUGUAGUGCGCCUGCGCUGAUACUGACACAAAAAUAUCGUUCACUAAACUUCAGAGGCUCUAAAUAAUUGUACUUUAUCUAUGAUAUUUGUAUGGUUUUACAAUUUAGUGUUUUAUUUUCUAGUCAGUUUUAUUCAUCUAUAAUUUAUAAGAGGCAUCGAUUUUAAAUAUUUUAUCCCAUGUACCUGUAUAAACUGCAAGUUUUAUCAACCGACUUACAAGACGUAGUAAUCGUUUUCGUAUUGGAAAACUCAUAUAUUGGAUUAAUUUAGUGGGUUAGGCGGACAUUAUUAUUUUUAUUGCAAAGCUUAAUAAAUAAAAUACACGAAAUAUUAGUUUAUUUUUUUAGCACGAGUGCUGUAUUAUUUGUAAUUAUAUAAUGGUACUAUAAUUAGCUCAUUCUGUGUAGUUAUGCCUGCGACCGGAGCGGAGGGCGCGCGAGCUGACCUAGUGAGAGGUAUCGCCAACACCAACUCAUUUUUUUUUAUUGUCUGCUUAAUCCUGCAUUGGCUGUAAUAGUUAUUCCAUAUAAAUUCAGCCUAAGCCUUUUUACGCCUAACUAGAUUGUUUUAGUCUAAAUUAGAUCGUCUGAAGGCGCCUGGGAAAAACUUUUGUUAAUUUGUUAUUGCUCGGCCCGAAAUUGAGGUUGGACAACAUCACAAUAAUGAUUAUAAUGAAAACGUUUCCAUAUCAAUGAAUCGCCCUUGGGCUUGUAAAUUUAUGCAGCAUCUAUAAUAUUCAACAAAACACAUUAACACGUUUAUAUACGCCUCCUAGUUAAAAUGUAAUCAUUCACUGUAUAUUUCAAAUUUAAUCAUUCACUGUACAAUCAGGUUAGUAAAAUUUCAUGUAAUUACACAUCACACUAAAUCUUUUCUCAUAACUGUAAAAAAAAUAUGUUUGGUGUAAUUGAUUAGUACCGGAUUCAGUAUUCAAUGCAAUUGAUCAAUUGUUAGUUUGCAAUGACGAUUACGGCCAAAACAUUCCUAUUUAGUUUGGUUAAUAUUUAACCUAAACGCCUACCCUUUACCCACCGCGAUGUUUUUUAUCACCUAAACCUAUAAAAAUGUUUUAAAAAGUUUACAGACGUUAGUUAAAGAUCGGACCUUAAUGUUGCUGCAAAAAUCACAUAUAAACAUGUAAUGCCAUAUAACAAAUCGUAAUCAAGUAGUCAAGCGGAGCCCAGACUCCCAUGAGCCGUGGCAAAAUGCCAGGAUAACGCGAGGAAGAAGAUAAAUCGUAAUAGUACGAAUAAAAAAGUAUAUUUGUUUAGUGCCAUUGAAAGCCAUGACUGUCCGAUCAAUGUUUUUUAAACAUGUUAUCUGUGUACAAGCUGCAAAAAUGCAUGGUCACUAAGAGAAUUCCAUUCAUAAGGUGUCGAUGCAAUUUUGCAGCCUGCUCGAACUCGGGACUUUUUUUAGUGUUGAAAAUGUCUAGGUGACCAUGAUAAAAUGAGAAAAACAAUAAGUAGUACAUUGUGCAACGCGGGGGUAAGUGAAAUAUUUUUACCCCCUGAGUUACUCACAAUGUUUUUCAUCACACUUGCGAAACUAAAUUUUAAACGACAUCAUUCUUAAAUACGGUGACAUUUUAAACAUUCGUCCGCCAUAUUGAUUUUUUUGGCAGUGUAGGCAUCGAAGGCACAAACCCAUCGACAUUCAGCAACAAUUUUAUUGUAAAUUGUGUAAAAAAAAUUAACCUGCUAUUAAAUUAAGCAAAUUAAAUAUUUUUAAGCAUAAACAAAAAUAUUAAAUUAUAAACGUCGGUAUUUUAAAAGUAAAACUGCUUUAUGACUUUAAACAAAGUAUUUUAAUUAUUACCUGCAUGGUUUGCAAGUUCGUAUAAAUUAGUGACAUAAUUAAAAAAAAAACCUAUAACUCCCUAAGGGCUGGAUUGGGAACAAUAUAGGCAUUUGUCCUUCAGUACACCUACAUGAAAUAAGGUAUUUUUCGAGCAAGUGUGAUGAAAACAAAAUAAAACCUCGCCAGGGCCAUUUUUGUCUUCGUAACAUCUUGUGUUGUCAUUGAAGUCAUUAGGGCCGCUCGAUAAAGAUAUAUACCUACAGAAAUAUGAAUUACUCAUUAUAUAUAACUUUCAAUAGAAUUAUUUUCUGUAAUUAUGAGCCGUUAUAAAUAAAUAAAAAAAAUCAUUAAUCUUCACUCAUCAUUCACUUGUCCUAUUUAUAUGGAUUCGGCGACCCAAUAUUAAAUGAUUAUUGAAAUUGGUAUCACGCGGUAAGGUGAUGUAAUAACCUGUAGGUACAAACGUUCUGAUCAAUAAUACGUUACAUGCGUUAUUUUAACACUUUCUUCUUUUUUGUUAAAUUAGCUUUUCUGGCGGUCUAGCAUGAGUGGCGUUCUCGCGCGCGACUUCAUACAUCUAGCGCGACUUCAAGUAAAGGCUCGCGCGCGAGAACGCAACUCAUGCUAGAACGCCUGUCCUAUACCAAAAGGUUAAAAGUUAGUAUUCCAUUAGCAUAUUCAGUACAAAAAUGCUUGUGCUACACAUUGAUGGAGUCCCGCCUUUUCUGAGGUUGACUAUGAAGGAGCAACACUAGGUAUUUAUAAUUGUCUUAAAUUUUGGUACGGAAUCCACAUUUUUCCACAUGGCGAAAGAUGUUACUUCCGCUCGAUUAUUGUUUUUUUAAUGUAGUAUGUGCUAUAAUCGCUUUAACCCUUCACCAGGCUAAGGUCCACUUGCACCGUCCUACUAACCGAAAUCCUGGUAACCAUGGUAACUCCAGGUAUAACCUGUUAACCCCCGGUUAGUGUAAUGGUGUAAGUGGGCCUAACUAAGGGAUAUGUAUUUCCCAUAUACGGCACUUCAAACAUGAUAAUUGUGUUCUAUUUUCGAUGAGCAAGACUGACAUUCGAUUGUAAUUUUUGAAGUGUCCAUGGUAAAUGGGUAAGCAACUGUAUCAAAAUGUUCACAGAAAUUAUGUAAAUAAAUACAUAUAUUGUUUUUGUAUUAUAUUUAUGUAUAUUGCAUUUUUAAGAAAUAAUUAACAAAGCACAUUAGUGUGCUAGGUUUUAUAUGAAAAUAUCAUUUUUUAAUCUGUAUAUAAAAUAUUUUUUAAAUAAAUUAAUUUUAGACCAGGAAAAAUACAUAAUAUUAUUUUAAAAAAAUGGGUUGCACACAAAAUUAAUAGAAAUUAACGUUAGUUAUUGAAAGUGGAAGAGAUGUAGUCUAAGAAAAAUAUUGUUCCACUAAUUUGACAGCUGAAGUAGGUCGCAGUACGCACAUGGGAUCUUAUAUAGACCAUAUGCGGUAAAUCUGGUCUCCAAUAGUUGAAUUAUGACAACCCAGUUACUCAGUUGGACUGUCUAACUCGGAGGCAUGAUUUUACCUAGGCUUUACACCUUAUCUACAAACCAUUCAACUGAGUCAUCCCCAACCAAGUCUUAGUAGCUAUUUAUUUAAAUACCUGAUAAUAAUGAAGUUUAAAUAAUCUGUAAUAAAUAUUACGUGUAUUCGAAAAAUCCGAAAAUACAUAAAUUCCUCCAUACAUAUGUUGUUUCACCUAAGCUAAUUUGGACCAGCACAUGUAAAGUAACAACCGGGAUAAUUGCCACUAUAGGGUUAUUGCGUUUUUUUUUUCUAUCAAUAUCAGUUGCUACAGCUGCCAUCUACGUAUAGGUAAAGGUCUGAACCUAGGUUUUCGAAAUUUAGUGUCACGUCAGACCAACACAGUGCACGAAGUAAGUCAAUAAAUCCUUUUUCUAUCCUGCAUUUAGUUUAGAUGUUUGAUGAUUGGUAAUAAACGUGAUCAAUAUUAGUUUGCUAAGACCUACCUACCAUCCACUGGUCGUUAAUAAUUCUUAAAAAAAAUUGCAAAUUCAUGGAGAUUAUUUUGUAUAUUUAGCAAAAUACGAUAGUAACUUUAAUGUAGUUGCGUCUGUGUAAGGGAUUUGCCCCAAUGUCUGCGGUCAACAAGCAUUUUCUUGAUUUGUCUAUGCCAGCGUUUCCCGUUUAAAUAAAACAUGUACCUAUGUACUUAUAUUACUAGAUACAGCUAAAAAAAUUCUAAACGAAUUCUUUUGGUAAAGACUUGUAGAAAGCACAGAGUGUAAAAAUGUUUUUAUACGCUAAAAACCCGUUUUUCGGGACAUUGCGUUUUCCCUAAAAAAAAUUAGUUAUCCAUACCGUCUCAGUGAAAACGCGUGUACUUUAUUUUUCCGUAAUAUGUACUUCAGUGAAACCUAGGUUUAACUGGGAUAUUUUAGUCAAAACUAGUUUUCGCAGUGCCUUUGUGAAAUAUAGUUUUGUCUAGAUCAGCGGUCGGCAACUAGCGGCCCGCGGGCCGCAUGCGGCUCGUGAAACUGUCACUUGCGGCCCGAGUGCCGCCUUGGCUAUUUUGUAUAUAAUAGUGACAAACGACAAUGUCUCAUAAAGUCAUAAAUAUAAACAAAGUACGGCCCGCGUCGCCUCCGUUAACUACUAUGUGGCCCUUGGCUGCUAAAAGGUUGCCGACCGCUGGUCUAGAUGAAACACAUAACGUAAAUAAAUCUUUAUUUUUUCAAGUUAACAUAGUAAAAUUCAGCACGUUCGCUUCGCUCGCUCGACUUCGCGCGCUGUUUGGUCACGGUUAACCUAACACGCUUCUCGCUUCGCUCUUCAUCGCACCUAUUUUUAGGGUUCCGUACCCUAGGGGUAAAAACGGGACCCUAUUACUAAGACUCCACUGUCCGUCUGUAUGUCUGUCACCAGGCUGUAUCCCAUGAACCGUAGCUAUCAAGGUUCAUGAACAGUUGAAAUUUUCAGAUUAUAUAUUUCUGUUGCUGCUAUAACAAACAAAUAAGUAUUAAAAACGGAAUAAAAUAAAUAUUUAAGUCGGGCUUUCAUAUAACGAACGUGAUAUUUUUUGCCAUUUUUAGGGUUCCGUAGCCAAAUGGCAAAAAACGGAACCCUUAUGGAUUCGUCAUGUCUGUCUGUCUGUCCGUCCUUAUGUCACAUUCACUUUUCUCCGAAACUAUAAGAACUAUAUUGUUGAUACUUGGUAAGUAGAUGUAUUCUGUGAACCGCAUUAAGAUUUGCACACAAAAAUAGAAAUAUAACAAUAAAUUUUGGGGGUUCCCCAUACUUAGAACUGAAACAUAAAUUUUUUUUUACAUCAAGCCCAUGCGUCCGGUAUCUAUGGAUAGGUCUUCAAAAAUGAUAUUGAGGUUUCUAAUA